UUUGCGUGUGUAACGGACCCAGUUGGUGGUCAGUGCGAGGGUGACCUCCUGAUGGUGUGUACAUCGCAGCAUGUCUGCACUCUCAACGCCGAGUGGCGGAGGAACUACGGCGCAGAGCAAGCCGGCGUCCGGCAAGCAAAAGUAUCAAAAGUUGGACAUCAAUAGCUUAUACUGCGCUAAUAGAAACGAAAAUUCAGAACCGUCCUCAGUAAAAUCUCAACUUAGCCGUAAACAUGGAAUGCAAAGUCUUGGUAAAGUCCCUUCGGCAAGGCGUCCACCAGCCAAUCUGCCUUCUUUGAAAACUGAAACUGGUCAAGACCCAAACUCUAACUCUAUCUCUGCUGCUACAACUACUUCUGUAUCUACACCAGCAACAUGCACCUCUCAGACUAUAACUACGUCAUCCAGCAGCGGUGUAGUUGCGGGCACGGGCCCCGGCGGGUGGGUGCCGCUCCCACCUCCAUCUUCACCACACUUCCGCACAGAAUUCCCUUCCCUAGAGGCCGCUGCGCAGCCUUCACAUCGCUCUUCAGAACAUUCAGCGAACCAGCCACAGCUCAGACCACAAACGGAAGGCAGCUGGACGUGCGGUGGUGGCGUCAGCGUGCGCGGCGACGCCUCGGCUUGUCCCGCCGCCGCGCCCGCCGCCGUUCCCGCCUCACAGCAGACACCAGCCUUUCGUGCCAUCCUACCCUCUUUCCUGAUGAAAGGUAGCAGCGGUGGCGGGCUCGGGCUGGGCACGCUAGGCAACAUGCGCGAGGGCCGCGGUGGCGGAGGUAGCGGCAGCGGGGGUGGUGGCUCACUCAGCGCCACCAACGUAGCGUCACGAGGGGCACCGCGUCCUCCCGCCACGCCGCGCGCCGUUGAAGUGCUUACAGCGCGGCCCAUACUCCGCGAGGAACAAAUCUCCUCGCUCGACGACAUCUCGCGCGAUGCCGGCUGGGCACAGCACGACGAUAUUGACUAUGAUCAAAAACUGGAUUUCUCCGAUGGAGAGUCGUCGGCGCCGAGCAAGGUGAACAGUAAGAAUAAUAACCGCGCCAGUAUUGAACAUGAGCGCAUAGAUUCCAAAAUCUUGGAACCUGGAGAUGAGGAUCAGAUGUGGGCGGAACGAAGACAGAAGCAGCUUAAUGAAGUGGCUCAAGCGGUGGCACGUGCUAAACAGCGCAAAGAGGAAGAGCAACGGCGACAGAUGUGCGAGAUGGCACCCACCAUACACAAGGAUUCUCGUGAAAGGGUAGACAGAGGAGAGCGUGAUCGAAAUGAGAACCGUGAUAGGGAACUAGACGUCAGAGACAAAGAAAGAAUGGAUAGAGACAGGGAACGUCCCGAUAACAGAGACCGAGAACGAUUGGACAAUAGAGACAAGGAUCGAGAGCGCAGUGAUCCUCGUGACAAAGAUCCGCGAGACAAGGAACGACUAGAUAAUAGAGAUCGUGAACGGUUUGACAACAGAGACCGUGACGUCCGCGACAGAGACCGUGACGUUAGGGACAGGGACCGCGAGCGUGACCGAAUAGAGAGUAGGGAGAGAGGUCGUAUGGAUAACCGCGAUCGCCAAGAGAAUGAAAAGGAACGUAUGGACAUUCGUGACAGAGAUCGCAAUGACAGAGACCGUGAUAGAUUUGACCGCGAACGCGAUCGCGUUGACAGGGACCGAAAUGAUCGCGACCGCGAUUUCAGAGAUAGAGAUAGAGAUUAUGGUCGUGAUCGCGAUCAAAAUAAUCCAGCAUUUUCCAAAACGUUCCAAGCUAAUAUACCACCGCGAUUCUUGAAACAACAACAAAAUAGGCAACAGGAGGACCAACACAAGGCCUGGGCAUUCCCUGGUAAACCAGCAUCUAGGCGACAAGAGCCUCCGUCGUAUAAUGCACCGCGACAUGCACCUCACAAUGGUGGCCGCAGGUCGUAUUCAAGAGAUUACUCUGAUCGUGAAGAUGACUUCAGAAGAGAAAAGGAUGGUCCUGGCCCACAAUGGCGUUCAGAGAUGCAAGAAUAUGAUAGACCAACCAGAGAGUUGGAUAGGUCAAAUUCUAAAGAUUCCUAUAAGGAUUAUGGAGAUUAUAAGGAUCGAAGAAACGACUCCGAUAGAAAAUCUUCAGAAAGUGUUGCUGAACAUACCAGCAGUAGAACUGCCGCUGAUAAACUUACUGAAGUCUUUGAAAGAAAAAGCAUCGGGCUUACGGAGCCAUUUGCAUCUUCAGACUCGUCUAUACAGACUCAGGCUCCCGAACGUCGUAACUCGCCACCUUCAAAUGCAUCACGACGCGAAUCUUCCGAGAGAGAUUUCGGUAAAACUUCUUGGGCUGAUGUCACCCAAGAUGAGCAAACAAAUUAUACAAUUCUAAAAUCCACACAAGAAAAACUUACUAAAGACAGCGAGCAAAUGAAAGACUCAAUUCAAAAUGAGGCUGAAGGUGAAGAUAAAUGCAUUUCACAACAGCCUAUCCCACUUCAACAAACUUGUACUUUGUCUGAGGCUCUGCCAUCGCAAAACCAGCCGCUGAAGACCACGCAAAUAUCUCAAAUAAAUCAACACAAUGUUCCUUUGCAAAAUAUUCCUGCUACUAAUCAAUCUCAUUCUAUUAUAUCUGAUAGUCAAACUGUUCCUAAGACUGUAAAUCUUUCUAAAUCGCUUAACCAAACUGAAAAUCUUUCUGCCUCUCAAAUACAAAAACAGCCCUCUUCCGAACAUAUACCUCCACAAAUUAAACCCACUUUUACUUCACAAAAAUCUGAGAAAGAGUUGUCGGAAUCUGAAUCCAUUGCAUCUAAAUCUAGCACUGAUCCAUCAAGUUUGGCUGGAAAUAAGAUCAACGAAAUACAUUCUGUCGAGGUUGUGCAAGUUGGAGCUGAUUCUCAAAAACGAACUGAUGAUAAAAGACAUGAAAGAUUCAGCAAUGAACAACUCAAUAGGAUUCCAGGAAAGGAACCUAUUGAAAGAAAGUCUAGCGGAUCUGGAUCUGAAAAGAAAAGUAGGGGGUAUGGUGGUGGUUACUCAGUAUAUGUUAGAGGUUGGGGACCAAGAGAAUCUCGUGGACGGCGUUCACAUCGAAGUUCCCGUUCCAAAAAUAGGGCAAGUGAGUCGGAUGGGUCAACAGAUGGUGCUCCUAACUCGGAACGUAAAGAACGACGUAGAGCGCCACGUAGUCCUCGAGGUCCUAAGAAACAAGGCCCUGAUGAUGGUAAUCGCCCUCCACAACACGAUCAGGCUUCAAUGGCAACUGACGGUAUGGAAAACAGAGAACCUUUCGCGCCUCGCGGUCAACCGUCGCGUCGAGGACGGGGUGGCUUUCAGGGUACAUCACGACCUCCAGCACCUGCUAAGCGCGUCACGGGUUAUGGGCCGCCUAACACAAAGAGUCCAUUCAGCCAAGCCAAUAGAGCUGUUAAAGAUAAUGAUGACGGCAAAGAUAACGCUCUGGGUGAUGACAAAGGAAAGAUGAUUAACAAAACGCGUACUGGCUCCUCAACCGGUAGAGGACGUGAUCGUCGCCCGAAAGGAACUGUAGGCCCCCUCAGUGGUGAGGACGAAAAUUGGGAAACCACAUCUGAACAUUCCGAAGGAGGUGGUACUAUCGGCCGUCGUCGAUCUGUUGGAGGCAGACAAUCUGGGCAAUCACAGAAAAUACAAGGCGGGCGUAAUCAAAACUCAAGUAAUCGCCAAAACAAUGCUCGAAACUCACAGGGUGCUAAAAAAGAUAUUGGAGAUAUAAAAACUGGUGACAUUACAGAGGCUAUGAAUGACCUUAAGUUAUCUACUGUCAAAAAAGACGAAGAGUCAGUUGAUGAUGGUUUUCAAGAAGUACGAAAUAAGAAAAAUUCAAAGGACGCCAGAGGUCCAUUAAAAGAAGAGAAUCAACAUGCGCAGAAACAAAGAUCUCAUUCCAAUCAAGGUGGUCGCAAUGGUUCUUCUUCUAGAAAUCCAGGCGACAAAUCCAAUCCUAGAGGCUCUGCGCCGGUACCUGGUAAACCAGGUGGUGGACCGCAAUACGACAGGCCUCGUCAAGCAAAUUUGGCCCCACGUUUCGUUAAACAGAGACAAAAGCAAAUGGGCUUAGUUACUGGGUUUGGCCCUGACACUGGUGCGGCUCCACCUCCGCCUACAGUUAACGCUUGGGACAAACCUAUAUCUCAAACACUACGCGGAAACGUGGAAGAACCUGCAGAGAUUGUAGAAAACAAAUCUGGUCAAUCCAGUCAGCGCAGCACACCCGGAGACGUUCCGACUGAAACAAAGACUGCCCCAUGUGCUAUUGCGACUGACAAAACUGGUGUUCUCGAUGGGACCACGCCGCCAGUAGAAACUAUUAUCUUCGAAAACACUAAUUAUAAGACUGCUCCACCUGCCGAGGCCUUAAAACAAAAACAUCAACCAGGUGCAAACACAACUGCCAAACCUCCGACACCGGGAGAAGAAAUUCCACCUGAAGUGGAUGCCCGACCACUUCCAUUUAACGGCGAUGUGAGACCGCGGCCGAGAUCUAUUCAAGAACUCAUUGGUGACAAUGGUAGGCCUACCCCUGACGGCGAAACUCCCUUGGGUCUGCCAAUAUCGUUUGAUACAUCACAGAAAGCCGAGGAUUCAUCUGAUAUGAAAUUGGACUUCGCUUUCGAUUCAGACCUAGGCCAACUCACUGAGGAUAAAACAGCUAAGACAUUAGGGUUGCCACGAGGUACGCACAUGAGCACGUCGAAUACAAUCUCACCAUUAGCCGCCGACCUUAACCUUAAAAUUGCUAGUGUUAAGAAAGUUUGGGAAAUGCCUGCCGUAGCCGAAGGAACUGAAGAGCUACAAUUUACUGGUUUCGAAGAAACCAAUACAGAAACGGGUGCAGCUCCCAACGUAUGUAAAGUAAAACCGACUCAGCAGCUGCAGUCGCCACCGCCGCAACAUUACAACCACGUCGGCUACCAGGGUGGCUACGGCGGAUUAUCGGUGCCUUCGCCUCCUGCCGUUCUUUUUAACUCUUCACAACAGUUGCUCGGUUCCUCGCAGCAAUUACAGCAGCAAGGUGGCCUGUACGGCGCGUUCCUCGAUCAGAGCCGUGGACAAUUUGGUGGUUUCCCGGGAACGCCGUACGGUGCCGGAUCCGCUGCACCCUAUAACUAUCAACCGCCUCCUGACAUGUUUCAAAGUCUUCCGAGUCAGUACAGAAUGGCGGCGGCGGCCGGUGGCGGUGCCGCUUUUGGACAAUCUGGGCAGCUGGGCAACAGCCCUAGUACUGUGUUAAUCUCAAGCUCAACUAAUUCGCUUAUGUCAGCUACGGUCAAACCCUCAACUCAACAGAUCGGAGCUAUAGGUAGUAAAGGAGGCGGUGUCGGCGGAGUGGGCGGAGUGAACACUUACCAACAGCAGUACCUGGGCUACUCAGGGCCAGUAGGCGAAGCGCCGUAUUCACUUCAGGGAUUGCUGCCACGACCCGCGCCGCCCGCGUCUUCUUACUAUUCGCACUACCAGCCGCCGACUGCGCCGGCACCCACGUACCCUCUGCAAUUCACGCCACCCGCGCAGUCCGGCGCCUUCAGCUCGCAGUUCCUCUCAUCGCAGCUGCAGGUGGCCGCCGCCGUGCAGCAGAUGCAGCAACAGUACCGCGCGCCGAUGCAGCAGCAGUAUGCUCCGCCACAACCGCGGCCGCCGCCCGCGCAGCAAAUGAAGAGCCCGCUGCACGAGCACGCCAAUGGGUUCGCGCCACUGUGCGAGGCGGCGUCGCCUACCCCUAAGGGCGCCAACAAACCUCAAAAGCCGCCGCAUUCGCCGCCACAGCACAAAUACCACCCACCGCCGCAGCCGCCGCCCGCUGCGUCGCAGCAGCAGCACACGCCGCACCACCACCCGCAUCACGCGCAGCACCAGCAGCACCACCACCACCAGCAGCACACUCAGAUGAUGGGUGGCGGCAACAACGGACGAAGUGGGGGAAAUGGCGCUGGCUCUGGCGUAGCGCGUGGGGGGAUGAUGGCCCCGCGGUACCCUGCGCCUAUUCAGCGGCCGCACGCGCCCGCGCUGCCGCUGUACCGCGCACCUCCCGCCCCGCAGCAGCCGCCGCAGCGACCGCAUGGACACCCCGUGCAACAGCCGCCCAGGCAGAACGUGUACUAUCAGCACCACCAACGCAAUGGCGCAGGUGGUGCGGAGCGCGCGGUGGAGAACGUCGACGUGGUAACACCCGUCGAGGAACCGGCCGAAGUGGCCGCCACGACUGAGGCACCCCCCGCCGCCGAGGUGAAAGCGGAAUAAGCCGCCUAAAGCGGCCUGGUCUCGUUACUGCCCGUCCGCCCCGGUGGACGCUGACGCUCCGCGCCGUCGGGUGCGGACCUCAUUGACGUCUCUGGACGUUAACGACAUUACUUAUUCGGUAUUUUAAAUUAAGUCGUAAAUUAUGGAAGUGAUUAUAAUUUUAUCUAAGAUUCGUAAUGAUCAAAUCAACACCGCUCCUUCGCGGUGUGAUUCGUCAACUCCGCCUCUCGAGUCGGCCCUGGCGGCCCUUAAAUACCGAGAGGUGCUAUGCUUGUAUGUAAAUAUAUUGAUCGGACG